AUGUGGAACUUGGCGGCGAUAUUUCGACCAGCCACCCGCAUCCGGCCAAGCCGGUGGCAGCGCAUCCCGGGCCGAUGGGUCCAACUUCGUCGUCUGUCUAGCUUACCGGCUGGUUGGCAGGAGUUUUAUAGCGAAAAGUAUGCCCGACCGUACUAUUGGCAUCAAGCGACUGGCACAUCACAGUGGCAUCUGCCCCAGGUCGUGCAGGCAGACAACGAGAAAUCGGAGCACAGCCUUGAAAGCACCGCGACGGGGCAAGGGCGAGCUUCCGAAGAUGUAACACAGAAGCCCCGAACGGUGCCCGACAGCCAGUGGAAGGUGGUGUGGAGCGAAGAGUACGGCAGGAAUUAUUAUUGGCAUGUGCCCUCUGGCCGGACCACGUGGGAACAGCCAUCUGACAUGCCGAUCGAUGUAGAAGCACAAAGACUGAAGCACGUCAUGGCGGCGAGUCGGGACAUCCUGCACGGGGCAACAGUGGGAGAGGAGAUCCAGAGCAGUGACGAUCUACAGGUUGUCAAGGAGCUCUUGAACUACCAUCCCGAUGUGACGCGCAAGAUUGGUGGGGGGCUUCGGUCAAUCAAGGUAGAUUUCGCGCCACCACCGAAUCAAGAGCAUCGCUGCUUCUGGGUAAUUCGGCUAGAUGGUUCCCAGGUAUGUGACUAUGCCCAGGUAAACCACGAACAGUACAUGGGGUCAGUCAAGUUCGUGACUUAUGUAGUCUUUAUCGAUUAUCGGUUCUACACGAAAGACUACUUCGGAGGUGGAGCUACUCGCCUGGCUGGGGGUCACGAUGGUACGACCAGGAUGGAAGGCGAAGAGUGUUUUGUUGGCAAGAGAUGCGGCAGCCUCAGAUUCUUGAGCCAGCUUUGCCACAUGCCCAGACGCUGGAGUCAGGAUGAGAAGGUGCCCUGGGACAGAGCUGAAGCAAAGGAGGAGCCUGGCUCGGAAGGAGACCGGCCGAGUGAGAAGCCUGAGGGUGGCUGGGGCGGCUGGAGCAGCAACAGCUGGUACGCGAGACCAUCCUGGUCGAGCUGGUCUUGGUCUUAUCCCAGCUACGGCUAUUCGAACUACGGUUACUCCAGCUAUUCCGGAUGGGGUGACUGGAACCGAUCUGAUGCACCAGUCGAAGCCAAGCAAGACGACAGCCAGAGCCGACAGGAACGCUGGAGCCAAGCCUUUGCAAAGGACAGGCAGGACUUCCAGGACGGAGGCUGGUGGAAAAGCGAACGGGACGAGCAGCCCAAGCAGGAACAGGGGACCCCAGACCCGAAGCAGGACGGGGAAGGAGGCCAAGAGUCCAAGUGGGUGCCGCCUUUUGAAAGCGGCAGCCAAGAGGCAAGUGCGGCUGCGCAGGAAGCGAAGCAGGCUUCCUCCGAUGUAGCUGUUCAGCCAAGUCUGGAGACCCAGAAGCCUCGAGACGAAGUCGACAAGGAGAGCAGCCGACCAGCCCACGAAAACGAGGAGUGGUAUCAAAAGUGGCUUCUCCGUCAGAAGGAAAAAGAGCAAAGCGGCGCACGGGCAGAACCACAGACUGAGAGCUUCGUCACGAAAGCAAAGAAGGUGGAAGCAGACGAGGUCCAGGUUCCUGAGGCGGUCGCUGAUUCCGACACUCACCCAGCGCCCGCAAUGGAUCAGGAGAUGUCUUUCCACAGCAUGCCAGAGCCGGAGAGCGCGCCAGCGAGACACCCGCACGAGAAUGAAGAGUGGUACCAAAAAUGGCUACGACGCCAGAAGAAUCAGCCCACUCACGUGAUCGACAUUGGCGCUCCUCAGCCUCAGGCUUCGACGCAAGAUGUGGCAGCGAGCAGCUCUGGCGAUCCGCAGGCUUCCAGCUCUAGCAGCGCGGAAGAGAAGCGGGUCUGUCCAGAUGAUGGGAAGACGUACACGUUUGAUGAGUUGAAGAAGGCAUACGCCGGAGAGUACUCUGAUGAAGACUUGAAGGCAUAUUGGAGAGAUGCCAUGGCCCCGCCGGGAGCUCCGGUAGAAAAACCUGCGGAGUCGAAGAAAGAGGAUUACAAGCAGGAGGAGUGGUACCAGAAAUGGCUUCGUCGACAGCAGAACAAGAAUAGACAGAUCAUUGAAAUUGGUUAA